CAGAUUGGCUUUUUAAUUGUUAUAAUGAUGAAGCACAGUCUGUUCAUUUGGGGAUUGUUGCAUUUCGUGGUCCAGUUCCCCAAGGCAUUAGCCAGCUGUAUGACUGGCAAACCUGAACAGUGCAUGGCGGCUACAUUUGUUCCUGGCUACAACCUGGUUGGGGAAGGAUUUGACAUUGUAAAAUUAACCCGGAAAGGAGCCUAUGUGGUGGACACUCAGACUUGGAGGAGAGAAAAUGAUACAUGUACAUUGUGUACCAACUCACUUCUGCAAGGCAAAGUUCACAAGCUCCCCCUGUCUGUUGUGGAUUGGCGGGUUCAAGCAGAAUGUAAGCAGAGGGUCUCUAGUUCCCUUUAUGAGUCCAACUCCUCCUUAGUGGAGUCUAUUAUAUCUUUAAUUACUAAUAACUGGAAGACUGGCUUAGAAAUGACUGAAUCUGAAAUCGCUAAAAAAAUGGUUAUGGCAGGCUCCCAUUCCAGACUGGCAGAAUUUUCCAUGAAGAAGCUAAAACAAGACAAAUACAGCUUUGCCAGUCUUGAAUUUUCCUGCAAAUACUACAGGUUCAGACUGCAAAGCAACCCCCCACCUUCAAGGACCUUUGCUCAUUUUGUUAGAGGUCUACCAAAACAGUAUAAUCAUGAAAGCAAAGUAAGAUACUGGCAGGCUAUUGAUAUUUAUGGCACUCACUACAUUCGUGAUGUGAGUCUUGGAGGCAAGGUUCGAGAUGUGAGAGCAAUCAGGUCCUGUGAAGCUUCUAUGGACGGUGCUACUGUUAAUGAUUUGAAAUAUUGUUUAGAGAUAGAAGCCAGACUCUCUAUUGGUGAGACAACAAAGUCAGAUGCCAAUUAUCAAGCCUGCCAAGAACUGAUGAAGAAAACACGAAACUUCAAGGGAAGCUUCCACAAGACCUUCAAUGACAGAGAAUCAGAGAUUGUUGGUGGUGAUGUCACUGCCAGUCUAGACAUUCUUUUCUCAGACAGGCAAGAUGCCAGCAUUUUUAACAAGUGGACUGACAGCCUCAAGACAAAUCCGGACAUUGUCACCUGUGCUGUGGAACCCAUUCACUGGCUUGCAGAAAAUCCACAAAGGGAAAACCUAAAGCGGGCAGUGAAAGAGUACAUUCUGGAAAAGGCUUUCCAGAAGAAUUGCAUCGAUAACUGCCCAGCUGGCUCUAAGCCAAGUACAACAGACUCUUGCAUCUGCACAUGCUAUGAAGGUAAUGGUGUUAACAGCAUGUGUUGCUCCUCACAAAGGGGUACUGCUAAACUAACAGUAGUAAUUAGGAGAGCUAGUGGUCUCUGGGGUGACCAUUUCUCACAAGCGGAUGCUUAUGUGAAGGUCAUAUAUGAGACACAUUUUGUCCAAACUUCUGUCAUACUCAAUAACGACAAUCCCUUGUGGGAAGAUACUUUUGACAUAGGUUUUGUCACUGUGACAGAGCACAGCCUUAUGCACAUUGAGGUCUGGGACAGUGACCUUAAAUAUGACGAUCUGUUGGGUUCCUGUGAAGAGAGGCUCCUAUCAGGGCAUCAUAAAAAAAUUUGUUACUUUACUUAUGGGAGGCUGAUUUUUGAGUACAGUCUAGUCUGUGGCCCACACUUAGGAGGCCACAUCUGUCAUAAUUAUGUUGCAUCACCUAAUUAGGUUGUCAUUUUUUGACUGUAUUAACAACUCCUCCUUCUGACACUCUGCUUAUAAAUAUAAUAGUUUUGUGAUCUCUUUGCUUACAUGUUUACAAUAGUUAUGUAGUUAAUAUUUUCCCCCAAAUAAAAAGGAAUGUUUUCUCAGUACCCUUGCAAAAUUUCCCUAGUCUAAGUUCUGCCCCUAAUUGCCUCUGAUAACAGCCAGGAAAUGUAGUGGGCUUAGAGGGCUUACACUGUUAACAAAAUUUAAACUAAAAUAAAUAGCUUAAAACUCUGUAAAGCAGGUACAUACAAACCUAGAACAUAACAGAGAAAAUGACAUGGUUUCCACUUUGGAUUUGAAACAAAAGGGAGAAUCUGAUAAUUAUAACCUAAGAGUAAAUAAAAUUAUGAAGUGAACAAUACUUAAAUUUGACUAGCUAGCUGUGUGCCCAAAGAAUCAGACAGCUUAAUAUGAAUAUAACUGUAAUCUAAAAGAAUAUUGGUAAACAGUCAACAAAACCAAAACUUAUCUAUUCAGAGAUGCAGAAAUAUAGACUAUCAUUUACAGUUACAAGGCAUCCUGUCUUGUCAGGAAGUUAAAAUCACUUGAUAGAAAGUUUCUUGCCUCAAUGUGCACUUUCUUAAGUUACAUUGCAUAUUUAUUCCAUUACACUUUCAUAUC